CGAAAGCCACCUCCGUUGAUUCUUUCUUGCGAACAAGCAAGGAAGAGAGAGAGGCUGCGAAGACGAGGGCAUCAAGCAGCCGAAUCAUCUUCAGAGCAGAGCAGAGCAGAGCGGAGUCUGAGAGAGGAAGCGAGAGCCAUGGAUGCUUCGGCCCUCAACAACCCGCGGCUGCAGAAGCUCAUUGAGGAGGAGAGAACGAAGGCCCUCACAAACGAGCUUGUGGCGAAGCUCACUGACGUUUGUUGGGACAAAUGCAUCACUGGGAGCAUCGGAAGCAGCUUCAGCAAGAGCGAAGCCUCGUGCCUCUCCAACUGCGCAAAACGCUUCGCCGAACUGAAGAUGCUGACCAUGCAAAAAUUGACCAGCAGCAGUAGAUAAAAACCACAUAGGCCUCUCUCUACAUCUAAAAAUGUAGUUCCCUCUGGAGUCGAUGCAGUCUAAAUGGUGUACCUUUCUUCUUCUACAGCACGAGUUUUGUUAUCUUUUGCUGGUAUACUGUUGCCAGUGAGAUUUUGCAAGAUAUGCCCAUGGCUGAAGGUGAUUUUUUUGAA